AUGAGGAUUUGGAAAAAUUUAAGAAUUUUAAGUCAUGGUGUGUUUGGUUUACGAAAUUAUAACAGAAAGAUACUUCAAGAUGAACUAGCUGUAUGUAACUAUUGUAAAGAUGCAGGUUCUCUGAAUCAAGAAACCGUCCCUCUGUUUUUCAAUGAAAAUGUACAAGAAUUAUUAAAGAAAAUAGUGAAAAUUGAUUAUGAUAAAGUCUUUAGAACAAAGAAAUUGGAAAGGCGCCUAGCUACCCCUGAAUUCACAUUUAUGACUGAUGCAGAACUUGAAGAGGCUAAAAAAAAGGCAGAAUACAAAGCUCUAAGGAAAUUACAGAUGCCACCUAUUCUUCCUCCUCGUAAACAAAUAAAUCAUGUCUAUGUUGUUGACAAAAAACUGGAAGGAUAUUCUACUGCCAAGUAUCUUUUCACAGAUAUUAGUUUUGGAAAAAAUGAUCGUAAGAGACAUAUAGUUUUAAGAGAUGUAGAUGGGACACUAAGGAAAGCUACUUGGGAAGAAAGAGAAAAGGCUAAUCAAAUUUAUUUUCCUAGACAUGGAAGAAAACUGAGAAUACCAAAGAUGUUUCAGGCUGAGUACUUUGAAGAAGUUCUUUCUAAACAAUGGUAUGAGUUUAUCCUUGAUCGAGCUUGCAUUCAAUUUGAGCCAGAUGAUCCUCUUUAUAUUCAUAUAACACAAACUACUUAUGAUAAAACAGCUGAAACUGGAAAUUUCAAAGAGUUGGAAUCUACUAGACAUUACGGACCCUUGAUUUAUCACUUGACUGAAAAAGAGAAUCUGUCGUCUCUGUUUAUUUAUUAUCUAAAUUCAGACAGGUUGGAUGAUGUUGUGGAUGUUAUUAAACUUCAUGCAAUAAUUCAUCCUGAUAAAAUUUGUUCUGUAGAGUACAAAGCUGGUGAAGAAUUCACUCUGGUUAAGGCCUUCAUUACUGAAUUCUACUCUCAGAAGUCUGAUUUGAUGUUAACUCUUAAGUCUUAUGAAGAUUACAUCACUAAACCUAAAUCGCAAGCUGUGGUCUAA